GCAGCCUCUCCAGAAGGAAGCAGGAAACUGGACUGCAAAGAACUUCCAGCUGUGCUUUCAAUGGAUUUUAAAAUUGAACACACUUGGGAUGGUUUGCCAAUACGCCAUGAGCCUGUGUGGAUCCGGCUGAGUCCAGGUGAUGGAGGAUUGAUGAUGGAAGUGAAGGCUCCAUUUUUUAAUGAUCCUUCAGCCCCACCUGGAGAAGCAGGAAAACCUUUUGAAGGACUGUGGGAUUAUGAAGUGGUGGAGGCAUUUUUCUUGAAUGACAGAACCAAGCAAUAUUUGGAAGUUGAGCUUUGUCCCCAUGGGCAACAUUUGGUGAUCCUUCUAUCUGGAAGAAGACAUUCAUGGAAACAAGAGCUUCCUUUACCAUUUGAGGUAUCCAGAAGUGAGACCAAAUGGGAAGGUAAAGCUCUUCUUCCUUGGAGUUAUUUUCCUCCUGGUGUAGAGAAAUUUAAUUCUUAUGCGAUUCAUGGAUCAAAAGCUGGAAGAACUUAUGAAGCACUUUACCCCAUACCACAAGAUGAAAUACAAAAAGGACAGGAGCCUGAUUUUCAUCGCCUAGAAUACUUCAAGUCUUUUAGUUUGAAUACGAUUUUUGGAAAGGACUGGAAACAGCCCGAAUCAGACCUUUGGAUGUCACAGAAGUCUAUUGCAAAGGAAGAGAGUAAAUAAUCUCACAUCUGUUGUCUGCCUUUUCGAGAAAUCCACAAAUUAUAAAGUGUAACCUUUCAAAGGAAAUUGUGAACAUUUUAAUGAUAAAUAUUUGCAAAGAUGAUUUUCAAAAGUAAAAUUUUCAAGAGCUACAUUGCAAAUAAUGCUUAAGAUGGUAAAAUAUUUGUGAAUGGUCUUAUCUCUACCAGUAAAUCAUUUCCUGGAGGGUAAUAUCCAAAAAUCAUUAUGUUGGUGACCUUAGUCAGCAACGUCGGUACCUCUUCUCUAAGCAUUUCUAGCAUACCUGCCUCCAUAAACUCUGGGUCAGCCCAGGACCCCAUUGCUCAGUCUUUUCCCACCAAUUUGAGUACUAUUCCCACCUUUUAAUUCAAAUUCAAUUCAACA